GUGCUCAGAGAGAGAGAGACUAAGACGGAUAACGCGUCAUCUCGCCUUCCCAAAUUUUCCCCCCUCGCUAGACCGGGUCCAAAACCUCCAUCCGGAGCCGGCAGGAGAGGAGAACGAUGUUUAACUCGGUCAACCUGGGCAACUUCUGCUCGCCGUCGCGCAAGGAGAGGGGCGCAGAUUUCGGCGAGCGAGGGAGCUGCGCCUCCAACCUCUAUCUGCCCAGUUGCACUUACUACAUGCCCGAGUUCUCCACGGUCUCCUCCUUCCUGCCCCAGGCCCCCUCUCGUCAGAUCUCCUAUCCCUACUCGGCCCAAGUGCCCCCGGUCCGGGAGGUCUCCUACGGCCUGGAGCCAUCCGGCAAGUGGCACCAUCGGAACAGCUACUCCUCCUGCUAUGCGGCGGCCGACGAGCUUAUGCACCGGGAGUGCCUGCCUCCUUCCACCGUCACCGAGAUCCUCAUGAAAAACGAAGGCUCCUACGGCGGCCACCACCACCCCAGCGCCCCGCACGCAACCCCCGCCGGCUUCUACUCCUCAGUCAACAAGAACAGCGUCCUGCCUCAAGCCUUCGACCGUUUCUUCGACAACGCCUACUGCGGUGGCGGCGACGCGCCCGCCGAGCCCCCCUGCUCCGGUAAGGGCGAGGCCAAGGGGGAGCCCGAGGCACCCCCGGCCUCGGGACUGGCGUCCCGGGCUGAGGCGGGUGCCGAGGCGGAGGCUGAGGAGGAGAACACAAAUCCCAGCUCGUCCGGUUCAGCCCACUCCGUGGCCAAGGAGCCGGCCAAAGGAGCCGCCCCCAACGCCCCCCGCACCCGCAAGAAGCGCUGCCCUUAUUCGAAAUUCCAGAUCCGGGAACUGGAGCGAGAGUUUUUCUUCAACGUGUAUAUCAACAAAGAGAAGCGGCUGCAGCUGUCCCGGAUGCUGAACCUGACGGACCGACAAGUGAAAAUUUGGUUUCAGAACAGAAGGAUGAAAGAAAAAAAACUGAGCAGAGACCGGCUGCAGUAUUUCUCGGGAAAUCCGCUGCUGUAACCUGCAGACCGGGCCCUUUUGGGGGCGGGGGGAGGGGAAAAUUAUUUUAUUUUAUUUUUAUUUUUUAUUUUCUAACUCGUCUUCUUUCCGCCGGUGGAAAACUGGACUGUGGCCAGGGCUGGCCCCCACCGCUGUGGCCGGCACUCCAUUCCGGAACCUCCUGGACCCUCUAUCUGACUCUCGCUGUGGGACAGGGACCGGGCCUGGAAAGGGGGUGAAGGGAAGUGUCUGACGCACGGCGAGUGAACACCGUUGGCGCCGAGGCCAAGACUUUCAUUUAAAAGAAAACACACCUCGGCGACAAUGUCUUGCUGCUCGGAUUAGGUGGGGGAGGGGCGACAGUAGUGAGCGCCUGAGCCGAACAAUCCUCGAACUAAAAGCCUUCCCUUGCCCAAGUGAAAAGAUCCGCUAAGACAGCAUGUCUGCCAGCGGAAACUUCUCGGGCUCCCCCCUCUACCCCGCCCCACCUUGCCCCACUACUUUAGGGGGCAGCUAAAUGUGAUCCUGCCUUGCUGUGAAAUUUCUGUACCUUCAACCUGGUGUUAGGUGUGCAAAGUCCGUGUCCUACCUCCGUCUUCGCCAAGGCCCCGCCCGAGCCUAGUUGUUCUCCCCCUGAAUGUGUAGAACCUUCCUUUGAAAUUUCUUAAUCGGUGCAUUGAGGUUUCCAAAUCUUUUUCCAAGCAGUGCCCCACUUCAUGGAUUUAUAGCUAUAGUCUAUGCAGUCGUUACCUCUUUUUUUUUUUUAAGAAAAUUGAAGAUUGGGGUGGUGGAGGCAGUAGGGAGAUGGGAUUGGGCACCUCCCCCGUGCUGGGGCCUGGAUUUUUGUAAAUAAAUUUCCCAAGCUUUUCUUUCCACCUGGAGGGAAAGGGGGGGACGCCCCCAGUGAGAUUCAAAUCACGCAUCUCUCCUCCUCUGCGUGAGUGCGUGUGUACGUGUGCACUCCCCACCCUGCUCCCUUCCCAGAGGGAUUGCUGUGAAAUUUUUUUGGUGGCAAAUAAAGAUAAAUUUCAUUCUGUUCAA